AAAUAAGUAGAAAAUGAGGAAAAAUAUCAAAAAAGAAAAGAAGAGAAAAACCCAAGUCCGUUUCUGAACAAUUCAACGUCCUCUUCCUCUACCAUUUCACUUCUUCACUUCCAGUAUCCGUCACAGACGGCGAAACUGGAAACAAUCGGCCAACAAUGGCGGGAACUUCACGGGGAAGUACUCGAAGCAGAGCUUCGAAAUCUUCCGCCGAAAAUGCCCCAAUCCUCAGUCCUCCCAAUCCAAAACUACGAAAGGAUAAAACAAGAAAUAACAGCUUAAUUCGCAUUUUCAAUGUGAACCUCAAGUUCCUGCUAGGGUUUGGGAUUAUUUCCUUUGCGAUCGCACUCUUUUUCAUUUAUCCGAUCGUUAAUCCCAUGGAGAAACCUCAAAAACCCAGAGUGAUCACUCCACUUCCAGCUCCAAAACUAACGGAUCUUCCAAUGUUUCAAGGAGAGCAUAGAGAGAGCUUGUACUGGGGUACUUACAGGCCUCAAGUUUAUUUCGGAGUUCGUGCAAGGACUCCACAAUCAUUAGUUGCUGGUUUAAUGUGGAUUGGAGUGAAGGACGGGAGGUAUUUCAUGCGUCAUGUAUGCCAAGAUUCAGAUGAGUUGAAACAAUAUGGCUGGACUAGUCAUAAUGGACGGGAUUAUGGACAUCAGGUUCUGACUGAACAGACAAUGUCCUUGACAACUAGCUUUCUGAAAUUGAAGGGCCGUGGUAGUGGCUAUGGCGGAGACUGGGCUGUUCGAAUUGGAGCGCAGAGCAAUGAAUCUAUACCCGAUGAUGAAAUGUUAAACACCGCACACUUGUUUUUUUACAUGGCUGAUGAAGGAGGAAAAAGUUUUAAUUUGGGUAGAGGAGUCCUGGAUAUUCAUGAUGAUUCUGUAUUGGCGUCAGGAUCACGUAGUGACACUGGAGACUGGCAGCUUCACUUAUUGUCAGAGGAUGUUUCUCACGUACAUUAUUCUGGUUUCAAGACGCCUCACAUUCACAAUUUAUCUGAUCUUGUCCAGGCAAAUUUGGCAGUCCAAGCAAGAAAAUUUGGCCAUUUGCUGCUUUCGGAUUCAUCUGAUGAUUCUCCCAACAUUUUAGUAUUUCAGAUCUCUGCUAGGAUUCCUUUCAGAGCAGACAUUGUUUUUCUUUCUGGGACCAGUACUCGUGAUUCAAGAGUUGAAGAACGGGUUAGCAGGCUAACAGGUAUAUCGCUGACCAGUUUACUAUCUGAGAAGCAAAAGGAGUUCGAUGAUAAGUUUAAAAAAUGCUUUAGCCUAUCUGAUGAGCUUGGUUUGGAAUCUGUGAGUGUUGGUAAGGUUGCUCUGGGGAACAUGUUGGGUGGGAUUGGCUACUUCUUUGGCCAAUCAAAGAUUUUGCUUCCAUCAACCUCCACU